UUCCAUAUAUAAAAUAAUAUGUGAAAGAAGAUCCAAGAUUAGCCUGGAAUUAUAAUAAAGUUUCUAUGGAAGACUGUAGAAUCCUCUCAAAGAUGAGGCUAGAUUACACUUGAAUUGCUAAAGUUUCUGGUUUCAUCGCCUAUAAAUGUCACAGCAAUUUCUAUCUCCUUCAUCAUCAAACACUUCAAUUGAAACCAAAAAUUCAAGCUUUAUUUACUUUAUACUCUCCCAAUUUUGAGCUAAAAAUGUCUCUGAAUCCAUCGUUGUUUGGUGGUCGCAGGAGUAACGUGUUCGGUCCAUUUUCACUGGAUAUAUGGGAUCCACUAGAAGGGUUUUCAAUUGCAAACCCUUCAUCCUCUGUUCGUGAAACCUCUGUUUUCGCAAAUGCGAAAAUCGAUUGGAAAGAAACACCAGUAUUUGAAGUGGAUGUACCUGGGAUUAAGAAAGAGGAAGUGAAAGUCGAAGUUGAAGAAGGAAGGAUUUUGAAGAUUAGUGGUGAGAGGAGUAAAGAAGACGAGGAGAAGAAUGAACAAUGGCAUCGUAUGGAGAGGAGUAGUGGUAAGUUUGUAAGGAGGUUUAGGUUACCGGAGAAUGUGAAAAUGGAGGAAAUUAAGGCGGCGAUGGAGAAUGGUUUGCUUACUGUAACUGUUCCGAAGGAAGAAGAGAAGAAACCUCAAGUGAAAGCCAUUGAUAUUUCUGGUUGAUUGAAAAAAAAAACAAAAAGUUGCAGAUCAAGUGUUUGUUGAAAGUCCUCUGUACAAUAAUUGUUGUAAUUUGUGUAUUUUAACUUGAUCUUGUUGUAAAAAAAAAAAAUGUAAUGUGAGUUUGAUAAUGAAAUAAUUUCCUUUGAACAUUA